AUGAGAACUCGAACUAGACGUCGGUUACCUCUUCCACCUGGACCGAAGAAAUUGCCAUUCCUUGGAAACACGUUCAGUAUGCCAACCUCAUCAGAGUGGGAGGUCUUCGACAGAUGGUGUAAAGAAUAUGAUACGGACAUUAUUCACCUCGAUGUUGCAGGUACUUCAAUCGUGGUCCUCAACACCGUCGAAGCUGCUACCGAGCUUCUCGAUAAUCGUUCGGCCAUAUAUUCCAGCAGACCACGAAUGACAAUGGUUAACGAGCUAAUGGGCUGGGACUUUAGUUUCGGUUUGAUGGAGUACGGUAUGUGGCGAUCACAACGCCGACUCUUCCAGCAAGAGUUUAACCCGGUAGCCGUGGAACGGUAUCAUCAGUGCGAGCUUAAGGCAACGCAUGAGCUGCUUAGGCGACUUCUAGAUAACCCCAAUAAGUUUAUUGAACAUAUUCGACACCUCGCGGGAUCUACCAUAUUGUCUAUUGCCUAUGGGCUGGAAGUACUUCCGGAGAACGACCCGUACAUUUUGGCCGCGGAAGCAGGUCUCUACUCGUUGGCCAAAGCGGCGGUGCCGGGCGCGUUUCUUGUUGAUUCAAUUCCCCUCCUCAAGUACAUUCCAGACUGGUUCCCUGGUGCAACAUUCAAGCGUAAGGCGAAGGAGUGGCGGCAAUAUUCGAAGACUAUGAGAGAAAUGCCUUUUGAGGCCGCCAAGCGGAGAAUAGCAGAAGGUACGGCAGCUCCUUCUUAUACUUCGUAUAGCCUGGAGAAGCUCGAUCACGAACGAGAUGCGGCCUCUGAAGAAUGUCGAAUUCAAUCAACAGCGGCAACCAUGUAUACUGGUAAGAGCAGUACAGUAUCGGUUCUAUGUACUUUCAUCCUGGCAAUGUUAGCCAAUCCCGAAGCACAGAGGAGGGCACAGGAAGAAAUUGAUGUGGUCCUCGGUCCGGGAGAGCUCCCACGGUUUGUCGAUGAGAAUUCGCUGCCGUUUGUGAGUGCCGUGGUGAAGGAAGUUCUGAGGUGGAAGAAUGUAACACCUAUGGGGAUACCACAUGCGCUCACUGCUGAGGAUGUCUACCAAGGGUAUAAUAUUCCCUCUGGUUCCACCGUCAUCGCUAAUAUCUGGGCUAUGCUUCAUGAUGAAACAACUUAUCCCGAACCACAUUCUUUCAGGCCAGAAAGAUUUAUGAAGGAGGGGAAAUUGAAUCCGGAUAUCAGAGACCCAGACACAGUACUUUUUGGUUUUGGUAGGAGGAUAUGCCCGGCCCGCUACAUGGCCCAUUCCUCAAUCUGGAUUGCUAUAGUAUCUAUGCUUGCGGUUUUUGAUAUUACCAAGACAGUUGAUGAGUUUGGCAACACCAUAGAACCUACAUAUGCAUACGCAAACGCCUUGGCUUGUGUUCCGCUGCCCUUCAAGUGCUCUCUGAAGCCACGAAGUACAAUUGCAGAGGCGUCAAUUCGAGCAACGAUAAAUGGCGACGCCUGA